AUGUCCAUCGGCACCCUCUAUUCCUACCCCCAGAACCCCCGCUCCCUCAAGGCGCACAUUGCCGCCAAGUACGUCGGCAAGUCCGUCGAGGAGCCGGUUUUCGACUUCCCUGCCGGUCUCCAGACCGACGAGAUGAAGGAGCUCUUCCCCAUGGCCAAGAUCCCCGUCUUCAAGACUGAGUGCGGCAAGCCCAUCUUCGAGUCCAACGCCAUCGCCUACUACGUCGCUGCCCAGGACGAGUCCGUCGGCCUGCUCGGUGCCACCGCCUACGAGAAGGCUCUGGUCCAGACCUUCAUGUCCUUCGCCGACAACGAGAUCAACCCCCACCUGGCCACCCUCCUGUACCCGAUCCUCGGCUACUACAAGUUCGACAAGGACGCCCACACCGCCGCCGCCUCCUCCCUGCGUCGUUCCCUGAACGCCCUCGAGAAGUGGCUCAUCACCCGCACCUAUGUUGCCUCUGAGCAGGUCACCAUCGCCGACAUCGUCCUGUUCUGCACCAUGAUCCCCCUGUACAAGAUGUACCUCGACACCAUCACCCGCGCUCCCUUCGUCAACCUCAACCGCUGGUUCAACACCAUCCUCAACCAGCCCAACGUUGCCUGCCUGGUGACCGACUUCGAGUACUGCGAGAAGGCCGUCGUCUACGACCCCGCCAUCCACAAGCCCGCCGCCGCCAAGGAGGAGGCCAAGCCCGCCGCCGCCAAGGAGGAGGCCAAGCCCGCCGCUGCCGCUGCCCCCGCCGCCGACGGCAAGGAGAAGAACCCCCUGGAUCUGCUCCCCCCCUCGUCCUUCGUCCUGGACAACUGGAAGCGCUUCUACUCCAACAACUCCGAGGUCGACUCCAUCAAGUACUUCUGGGACAACGUCGACCUUGAGGGCUACUCCCUGUGGCUCGCCAGCUACAUGGACAACCACCUCCUCAAGCAGACCUUCAUGACCUGCAACCUGAUCAACGGUCUGUUCCAGCGCUCCGACCGCGCUCGCAAGUACGCCUUCGGCUCCUUCGCCAUCUUCGGCGAGGACAACAACUCCGAGCUCUUCGCCAUCUACCUCGUCCGUGGUCAGGAGAUCCCCUUCGAGCUGGCCGACACCCCCGACCUCGAGUCCUACACCACCAAGAAGCUCGAGAUCAACGACGAGACCAAGGCCCUCGUCAACGCCUUCCUCACCUGGGACGACUCCAUUGAGGGCUGCAGCUUCGCCUCCAUCACCAACAAGAAGUUCAACGAGGGCAAGAUCUUCAAGUAAGCGUCUUCGCCUCCCCCUUCUUCUUGGUGGUGCCCCGUUCUCCCUUCUCCUUCCGUGUUGACGCUGCUUUUCUUGCCUGCGUCUCGUUCCUCUUCCCCCACUUCUCAAGGGGGGGGGGGGCAGGAGCGAGGUGUGUGCGAGUUCCGCGGCCGUCCCUUUCGGUGGGGGGGGAAUGUCGCUGUCCCUUCCCAGGGGGGUGCUCUUUCUCCAAAGAGCACCCUUCAAAUUGUGUGCCCGUGUGUGACAGGGCGGCGAGGGGGGAGUUCAUCUGUCUCCUCUCGCGCUCGCGCGCACGCGUCCACUGCCCCCUUCUCGCGUGUAUUUUUCCCCCUUUCCCCCUCCCUCUCUUGUUAGCGCGCGCAUAUUUUGCGCCACGGCGAGAGACAAUCCCCGAAAGUCCACAAAUAUAUGUGAGAGCUCCUCCCGCA